AUGGAUCAAAGGCUGGAAAAAUUGGAGCAAAUACAGAAGGAGAUACAGGAACAGAUGCAAGCGCAAAUGCAAGAGCAAUUAGCUAAGAUCCAGCCGGAAAAAGGAAAGAGUCCUGUGACUAAUACUGAGGACGACAGUGAGAUCCUUACUUACGCUCCAGGUUUCACCCCAACAAAUACCCCAGUACCACCACAAGGGGUGUCUACCAAUAUCAAACCCCAAUAUCAGACUGGUACUUCAGUAUUGAUAAAUUUCCCAACGGGCUCGUGUUCUAACCCCGAAGACAAUUGUGCAAAUCCUAUGGCCCUUGACCUUGAUAAUAUAGCGAAAGAAGAAAAGGCAAGAGCGGAAUUUCCAGAAAUGGAUGCUAAGGAGUUGAGCCUGGUUCCAGAUUUGGUACUCCCUCCGAAGUUCAAAAUGCCAGAAUUUGAAAAAUACAGCGGAACCAAUUACCCUGAGGCUCACAUUACGAUGUUUUGUCGGAGGAUGACUGGUCAUGUCAAUAACGAUCAGUUAUUGAUUCACUGUUUUCAGGACAAUUUGGCUGGGGCUGCGGCCAAAUGGCAAUGUGCUCAGAGAUGGAGGGAAGUUGCUACACAAGUCCAACUGCCAUUGUUGGAAAAAGAAACAACCAUGCUUUUCAUUAAUACCUUGAAGGCACCUUUUAUUAAUCACAUGCUGGAGAGUGCGACUAAGAGUUUCGCGGACAUAGUAAUAUCCGUUGAAAUGAUAGAGAAUGUGAUAAGAUGCGGAAAGAUAGAGGCUGGGGAAAGCAAUAGGAGGUCGGCCCCGAAAAAGAGAGAAAAUGAAGUCAGCAAUGUGAGCAUGAGCUAUGCAAAACCAAUCAUAGUAAAUCAACCGAAAGCAGUGGCCACGGGCCAGCAAGCUUCAGCAAGACAGGAGUCCAAUACAAAACAAAGCACGAAAAAGUUCUGGUUUAUUCCUAUUCCAAUAACAUACCGGGAGCUGUACAAAAGUCUAUUUGAUGCACAUGUCGUAUCCUCGUUCUACUUAAAACUGUUGCAACCCCCAUACCCUAAGUGGUAUGAUGCAAGUGCCCAAUGUGAAUAUCAUGCAGGAAUCACGGGGCACUCGAUAGAGAACUGCACCUCCUUCAAAAGGGUAGUCGAAAGGCUCAUCAACAUGGGUGUUGUGAAGUUCGACGAUGCACCUAGUGUAGGAAAUCCGUUACCCAAUCAUACUGAUGAUGGGGUAAAUGCGAUAGUCAAGAAUAUGGUUAGGAGAAUUAAGUUGGAUGUGGCAGAAGUGAAAGCCCCAAUGAGGGAAGGUCUAAUGGACAACAAAGAACUGAAGAUCUUUGAAUUUACUGAGGAGGAAGAUGUAUGCACCCGAGAUGAGGGAUCGAUGAAGAAGGUCAAUCACCCGGUGGUGAUCAUUUCACGACCGAAAAUCAAUGAAGCUGGAGCAAGAAUUAUGCCAAGAGUUGUAAUUCAGAAACCCGCGGCUUUUCGAUAUAAGGAUAGUAAAAAGGUGUUUUAG